AUGGCAACUAGAGAAGAGCAAGAGCAGCGUACGGAUGGUGUUUACAAAUGGCUGGGUAAGGAGCUGAGGCUGGAGUUAAGCGAUGGUCGGAUUAUCGAGGGGAAAUUUGUUUGCACUGAUAAUGUACCGAAUAUUAUUCUUAGUGGUUGUAAGUUUGGAUUUGAGGAGAACUGGAAAGGAGAGGAGGAUAUUCGAAAUGUGGGGUUAGCGAUGGUCACUGGCAAGCACAUCAAGUCGAUACAUCUGAUCUCGUCGUGA